UGUGUGUUUUUUUUUGUUGUGUUUGAAUGUACUUAAUUUGAUAUAUAUAAACUAUAGACUUGCCAAAUAAUAAUAAUAACAAUAAUGGAUAAUUAUUACCAGGACAACAACAAUAAUAAUACUAUUAAUAAUAGUAUUAAUAAUAAUAAUAAUAAUCAGGAAAACAAUAUAAAAAUGUUGAAAAACAAGAUGACAUUGGACUUUAAUUCGCCAUCAAGUUUCAAUAAUAAAAGGAGCAAGCUCAUGAAAACUUGUAUAUUAGAGUCGCCAGAUCUAAAAAUGUGCAAGCUCGGUUCGCCCGAAUUGGAGCGCCUGAUAGAACAGGGCAGCGUCGGACUGGUCACACCGACACCGUCGGCAGUGUUGCCAUAUUUUAUGAAACAAGAGGAACAGGAGGUAACCGAAGAACAGGAACUGUAUGCCAAAGGUUUUGUCGAUGCACUAAACGAAUUGCACCGACAGACUACUACCGAUAACGGUACGGAUCAGACUAACGGCCAUCAACAACAACAUCAACAACAGCAUCACCACCACCAACAACAACAACACUCGGGCAAUGGCCAUAUGAGCGGCGGCCAUGUCAUCGACAUUACCACUACUACCGCCAAUAAUAUCAACAUAAACAACAACAACAACACCAGCAACGGGUGUCGCCAGCAAUCAAAGGUAGUGUUGAUUACCGGAGGACUACCACCACCACAACCAUCAUCACAGCUGCCUCCGCCGCCACAACCGACCAUUACUACUGCUAACGCCGAUGACAGCCGAUCGACAACGACAACGACGACAACAAUACAAUCGUCAAAGUUGUUGACACAAACACAGGCGCCACAGCAUCAUCAACAGCAGCAGUUGCCGCAACCGACACCCACAUCGGUAGCUACCAGUGUCCACCAACAACAACACCUACAGCAGUCCAACAACAAUAAUAAUAAUAAUAUGUUGGCACCGAUCGAUAUGGUAGACCAGGAACGGAUCAAAUUGGAGCGAAAACGAUUGCGCAAUCGGAUAGCCGCUUCAAAGUGUCGCCGUCGGAAACUUGAACGCAUUUCACGGCUUGAGGACAAAGUCAAGUGUUUGAAAUCGGAAAACUCGGACCUGUCUAUUGUGAUCAACAAACUAAGAGAUCAGGUGUGCUCAUUGAAACAGCAUAUCAUGUCUCAUGUCAACUGUGGCUGUCAUAUACAGUCGCCAUCGACGACACAGAUAGCGUGACACCACCACCACCACCAACACCGCUGGAAGCACCGGGAGGCUAGAGUUUGGACUGUGUGUGAGAUACAGGAUAUAUAAAUAUAGAGUAUAUAUAGAGUAUAAGAUAUAUAAAU